AUGGAUUUCGACGACGGGGACCUGAAGGACAUUUGGGACACCGAUCUCGAUGCGAACCUGCAAGACACACUGAAGAUGUCCAACUAUCCGGACAUCCAGGACUGGAUGGAUCCACACUCGAAGCUGCCGCCGGUCAUCCUGAACGACAAGCUGAUGACCGACGCAAUCAUCGGGACGUGCAUGCCGAUCAAAACCGAACACUCGUACAGCCUCAACUCGGACGGUGAUUCGCUGCCGGACACGAUCCCAGAUUCACCGCACAGCCUGCAGAACAAGAUGGAUGCAGAUAUGGAUGAAGAAUGCUAUCCAGCUAUCAGCAUGAAUGGCAACAGCAAACAUCAGCACAUCAUCCACAGGCAGAAUCACACAAACUCGCUGCUAGCCAACGGGCAACCGCGCGACAGUAAACCCACCAUUGCCGGUAUGUCCCUGCUGGCCAACGGUGGUGCUGGUGCACUUCUGUUCAACGGCACAGCGACAGCUCUACAGCAGAACGCACAAACGGGCGCAAACGGUGGAUACGCCACCGGUCUCAUCAGCAACAACAACAAUAAUCACCUCGCGGUGAACCAUAACCUCAACCUCAAGGAUAGCAUCGUCGGGCUGAAAGGGCUGGCUGGGUUCGGUUCGUCAUCGUCCUGUCACGAUUCAUCCUCCUCCACAUCCGCCAGCGACAUUGAUAUCGAUGAGACGACGGUCAAGGAGGAACCGCUGUCACCGAGCUCGAGCUGUCCACCAUCACCAAUCGGGUCCGGUUGCGGUGGAGGCGGUGGUAGUGGUGAAGGUGGUGGAGGUACCCUGCUUAACAACUAUGGCGUUUCAUCCGUCAACCUCGGAGGUAACCUGGCCGCCUAUACCCAUUCGGAUCUCGUCCUCGAGCAUAAGAAUGGUUCCCUCCAGCUAUCGUCCGCAACACAGAGUCUGCUCAAGAAUCAGCAGAUCAUGAUUGCUACCAGCAUUCCACAGCAAAGCUCAACCUCCCAGCAGCAGAAACUUGUAAUGUCCAAGCUAAACAUCAAGAUGGAACCACAGUCGUCCGGAUUCGGGCUGCCACCGACCCCGCCGUCCUCGCUACCGAGCGAUGAAUCGGAGGGUAACCAGAGCCCCGAACAUCACGUCUCCCCCAUGUCUCCGCCCACCGACAUCGGUAGCAGCACGUCGAGCGGUGCGAACUCGACGACCUCCAGCCGCCGAACGUCGCUGCAUGCGAGCACCGGUGGGGCCGGUUCCGUGAUCGGCAGCACCGCUGGUGGGCAAUCGGCAUCCACUACCUCCCGCCAAGCGUCCACCGCUAGUCACCACAGCUCAGCUGGUUCAUCACCGUCCGCCUCACAGUCGACAACCAGCUCGACGAGGCAGCCGAUCCACACCCCGCUCAUCAGUAGUCAACCGAAGGGUUCCACGGGAACGCUCAUCUUGACGGAAGAGGAAAAGCGAACGCUACUGGCAGAGGGUUAUCCUAUCCCAACCCGGCUCCCGCUGACCAAAGCCGAAGAGAAAUCUCUCAAAAAGAUACGGCGGAAGAUCAAAAACAAGAUCUCCGCACAGGAAAGUCGGCGAAAGAAGAAAGAGUACAUGGAUCAGCUGGAGCGCCGGGUGGAGAUACUGAUGUCGGAGAAUCUCGACUACCGCAAGCGCGUCGAGACGCUCGAGGAUUGCAAUCAGAAUCUGCAGACCGAGCUGUCCAAGCUGCGACAGCUCAUCACACGACAGGGUGCCCGGAAGGCGUAA